AUGGAAACCUCACGUCGUCCCUAUGUGAAGGAUCUCGCUCACCGUGGCGUAAUCCAGGGCGUCACGAUCUCACCCUCUGGGUCAAAGGCGUCGGAUCUCUGUCACUACUUCGGUGGAGUCCGAUAUGCCCUUCCUCCUAUCCAGCGAUGGCGUCGGGCUCGCCGCCUGCCGUCAUCCUUCAGCUACGGCACUCAACAGUCGCCAGGUCAGUGCGACGGCGGAGCGGGGUUAUGUCCGCAGCCCGGAUUCUUGGAGCUUUCGCCCGAAAAGGAGGAUGCAUGGACGGAGGACUGUUUUCAAUGCAAUGUGUGGGUUCCAACAGGCAAGGCUCCACGAGGGGGGUGGCCCGUCUUCGUUUUCAUUCAUGGUGGUUGGCUCCAAUUUGGCUCGCCCAACGGGUUCAAUGCGGCAGCGCUGCUGGGGGAGACCGAUUUCAACGCCGUCGUUGUCAUGCCCGCAUACAGAGUAAAUUUGUUCGGGUUCCUAUACUCGUCCGAGCUGGCGGAGGACGCGGCGGCUGUCGGCGAGACUGUGGGCAAUCAUGGAUUCUGGGAUCAGAGGUUGGCAUUGGAGUGGACGAAGGAGAAUAUUCAUCUUUUCGGCGGAAACUCCGAUAACAUUACAAUCUCCGGCUAUUCUGCUGGUGCCAAUUCUGUCUUUCACCAGCUAGCCUAUGACCUCCGCCAACCCGAUUCCCAGGCCAUCGUCCGCCAGGCAUGCAUGUUUUCCAACUCGCCCGCCGUGCAGCCAAAGAGCCCAGCCGAGACGCAAGUCCAGUUCGACCAAUUACUCACAGCACUCGACAUUCCGCUCACUCUGUCCGGAAACGAGAAGUUAGCUCGGCUCCGAUCACUGCCGCCCAAAGUGCUCCUCGAUGCCGGCUCUUCCAUCGAUGUGCAUCAAUUCAGACCAACAACAGACUCGGGCUUCAUUAUGCCCACGCUCUUCCAGUCACUAGAUAAUGGUGAAUUCGCGCGUCGCAUGCUCGCUCGCAAUGUCCGCUUGCUAUUGGGCGAGUGCCGCGAUGAAAGACAUCUAUACGCUGUCUGGUUCCCGCCCAAGGCCAACACGUUAUCCGCAGUCCGCAAGCGACUCAUUGCCGAUUAUCCCGAGAAAAUCGUUGACGUCGUUCUUCCCCUUCAUUAUCCUAAUGGCCAACUGCCAUCUGACUGCAAAGACUGGGUCUCGGAUGCAUGGGGCAAAAUAUAUGCGGAUAUGCAGGUCCAUCAUAUGCAGCGUGGGUUCAUCCAUGCGCUAACCUCUAAUACUGGUGGUGUGGAUGCGUCGAAGUUGCUGUAUAGGUAUCGCAUUGAAUACCGUGCGGAGUGUAUGGACAAGGCGAUGCCGAUCGAGUGGGGUGUUACCCACUCGUCCGAUUACCCGUUGUGGUUCUGGGGUAAUGGGGAUGUGCUCACUGCGACUGAGAAGAAGAACACAUAUGAAGCCUUGAUUGGACCAUUGGGCCGUUUCGUUCAGGGACAAGCCGCGGUCGGCCCAGAUGGAUUCGGUUGGGGAACUAGUGGGCGAGGUGUUCGAACGUAUAAGCCAGAUGGGACGGUGAAUAUCGAGCGUGAUACCAUGUGGGACGAAGGAGUAAAUGUAUGGCGGAAAGUAAGACGGGUUGAUGAGUCCAAGCCGAAGCUUUAA